AUGUCCACCAACCCCGAGACCAACGGUGAGGACAUCAGUAGUGCCGAUGCCCAUUUCAUCAUUGAAUGCCUCAAGAAUCUCAACGAAUCUAAGCAGGUCGACAUCGGUAAAGUUGCCACUGCCUUUAAGUACAGCAAUGUGCUCUCAGCCCGCAACCGUCUUCGCACCCUGAGCAAGCGCUAUGGAUUCCCCAACCUGGAGUGCAAGUUCUCCUCUACCCCUACAAAGGCCAACAAAGCUGGUGCUAUUGCCGACGCUGCCAAAGAUGGUACUGCGGGCGAUGAGGAAGCGUCUUCUUCCGGCGAGACUGUCCAGCCCUCUCCUUCCAAGCGGGCUCGCAAGCCUGCUGGACGCAAGGGAGCCAAGGUCAACUCAAAGCCGAUUCCCGCCACUGGUCCGGUGAGCACCGAUGGCUCUACCUCUCCUUCGACGAAGCCUGCCGGAAAGCGCGGUCCAAGAGGCAAGGGCAAGCUGGCCGUCGCCCAGGAGGCCGCCGUCAUGGAGUCCGUCGAGGUUCCAGUCAAGAAGGACAACGGAGACGUGAAGAUGGAGGGUGGUGAAACUGUCAAAGCGGAAGCUUAA